UUAUUUCCUUAGUAGCCUAGUGUUAUGUAGAAAGUGCACAUAGCUUGCUUAGAGGCUAUAACUUUCCUGUCAGCAAUAGGUAUUUGUUCUACUCACUGAAGAACAUGUUCCCAAGGUCUCCAGUCUUCCCCCAUAAACAUGGGCAGGCAAAUAGUUUAUUUAACCAAAGCCUUUUACCUCUUGGUUUCUCAACACAAAGAGUUGAGUCGCAUAUGAACCUAGCUAAUACAAAUUUCCAUGGCCAGCCUCUGAAUGUGUUCCCUCUCAUUCCAACUUACCAGUGGAAGUCUGCACCUGACAUUCCUUGUGCCAGCCCAAAUGGGUCCAGAACAAAAAACAGGAAGAGGAAAAAUGAUGGCAACAGUCAGUAUGAGCUGAAGAGACAGUGCUUAAAUUCUCCAUGCUUCAUGAAAAAGCCAGCCAAAACCUGCAGCUUUAGCCCUGCGCAUCAGGGAGAGCAAAGGCCAUCCACACAGUCUCUCGGCAAGAUCUGCUCUCCUAUCCACUCUCCUGUGCACUGCCCCACCACCUCUAAACCAACAGGCUGUGUGCCACCUCUCAGAGAGGAGGCCACUCAAAACUCCUACACCCCUCUUCCAGCAUUGUGCCUCAAAGACAAGCUGAGCGAGCAGAUGCUGGAGCUUUUCCAUGCUUGCGAGCAGCAGAAUGAGGACCUGGAUAAGAAGGAAUCUUGCCGUACACAGUUACAGAAGGACAUCCAGAGACUCUUCCCAUGUUCGAGGGUGUUCCUGGCAGGUUCAUCUCUAAAUGGCUUUGGUAGUCGUACCAGUGAUGCUGAUCUGUGUCUUGUAGUUCAAGAGGGCCCUGUAAACCAGCAAAUAGAUGCCAUAUACAUAUUAAGUCUUGUGCAGACGUUGUUAUACAAACUGUCUUACAUUGAGAGACCUCAGCUCAUUCGAGCGAAAGUGCCCAUACUGAAGUUCAGGGACAGAGUCAGUGGUGUCGAGUUUGAUUUGAAUGUGAACAACAUUGUUGGCAUCAGAAACACCUUCCUGCUACGGACAUAUGCAUACAUUGAAAAACGGGUUCGCCCCAUUAUACUUGUGAUCAAAAAGUGGGCCAGUCAUCACCGAAUCAAUGACGCAAGUCGCGGGACUCUUAGUAGCUACACACUCGUACUCAUGGUCCUACAUUACCUCCAGACCCUCCCAGAACCUGUCAUUCCCUGCCUUCAAAAGGAUUAUCCAGAGUGUUUCAGUCCAGUAAUGGAUAUCCAUCUUGUCCCAAAUGGACCUCGGGAUAUUCCCCCCUUCGUGUCAACCAACCAGUCAUCUCUUGGAGACUUAUUGCUCGGGUUCCUGAAGUACUAUGCCACAGUCUUCAGGUGGGACAAGUAUGUGAUCUCUGUGCGUGAGGCAAAAGCUGUCCCCAAGCCAAAUUGCAGAGAAUGGAAAGACAAGUUCAUCUGUGUGGAGGAACCAUUUGAUGGAUCAAACACAGCCAGAGCAGUUCACGAGAAAAUUAAGUUUGACUUCAUUAAAGAACAGUUCAUAGAGUCCUGGCAGGUUCUGCAGGCCAGGAAAGAUCUGAACUCAAUUUUACCCCUUAGAGGGACAAGGCCGAAAAGAUAACCUGACUCAAAGCUUCCUUCAUGACACCCUUUGACAAGAACACUGAGAAAAUAAAUUAAGAAUAAUUAUGGGACUCAAAAAUCUUCAGUGACGUUUUUGUAUUGUGGAAGAGUUUUAUAACAAUUUAAAACUUUGAUAUUUCUGUACCCAUGGAAAAUUUGUGGUUUGUAUAAUUUAUAUGUCUUGGAAGGUUCACCAAGAUUAAGGUUAAAGUUUGUAGACCUUGAACAUCAGACAUCAGACCCGAAGUAGCAACAAGUCUCCCAACAAACGGUCCUCUGCUGGAAUGCCAUUCACUAUUUCACUGAGAUUAAGAGGGAGCCCUAUAUGCAUGUCAGGUAAAUGGCCAAUUAAUGUUAAUUUCUGUACCUAAACAAAGUUUGGUUCAUUAAUCUGUGGUAUUUUCCCAUUGUUCAGUGAAAGUUGAUACUACAGCUGAUCCCAGCUUUUGUUUCUGGCUUUGAAAGUUGAAUUCAUACAGACAAUUUAUAUGAUUUACAUUUCUUCCUAAAGCUAAGUAUUAUAAAAAGUCACUUUUUGAAACAUGACUACUUUUAUUGCAAUUAUGUACAUUGUUGGUGGUGUUUUGUUCUGUCACUUGUACAUUUUGUACAGUCUUUUAAUGUUUAUUUAAAUGAUUAAAAUGUUGAAUAUCGUCUAUCUGUUACUUGUGCA